UAUAUGAAAUAAAUCUCUCUGUCAUUCCAAUCCUUUCUCCACUUUGAUCAAUCAAUGGCAUCUACAUAUUUAUAAUCCCUAACAUCUGCACAUAUUCAUCAGCAUUUGCACAUCUCAUUAGGCACAAAAUUGUUCAUAGAUGGAUUGCAAGUGCAGGCUGUUAUUGUACUUUGUGGUCUUUGUUCUUUCAGACUUGAAGAUUAAUGGUGUUCAUGGAGAUCAACAAGUGCCUUGUUAUUUCAUCUUCGGAGACUCGUUGUCUGAUAGUGGCAAUAAUAACAACCUAAGCACUUCUGCCAAAGCUAAUUAUCUGCCUUAUGGUAUAGACUUUCCAGCCGGACCGACGGGGAGGUUUUGCAACGGUCGAACCACCGUCGAUGUAAUUACUAAACUCUUGGGGUUUGAGGAGUUCAUACCUCCCUACGCAACUGCAAAUGGCUCUGAACUACUCCAAGGCGUGAAUUAUGCAUCUGGUUCCGCCGGCAUUCGAGACGAAACUGGGAAACAGUUGGGUCACUGCAUCAGCAUAGAUGAGCAAUUACAGCAUCACAAAAUUACAAUCUCAAACAUAGUUAACAUACUUGGGGAUCAAACCCAAGCCACCAAUCACCUAAACAAGUGUUUAUAUUCAGUUCAAGUAGGCAGUAAUGAUUACCUUAACAACUACUUUGUGCCUGAAUAUUACAAGACAAGCACACAAUACACACCAGAACAAUAUGCAGCAGUUCUUGCUAAACAAUAUUCACACCAGUUAAGGACAUUGUACAAUCAUGGGGCAAGGAAGUUUGCUCUGUUUGGAAUGGGACCUAUAGGUUGCACACCACAUGCUAUCAUGACUUAUGGCACCAGCGGCUCCUUAUGCGUCGACAAAUUGAACGACGCAGCGAUGCUUUUCAAUGACCAACUCAAAUUACUUACAGAUCAACUCAACAUGGAACUGAAAGAUGCGAAAUUUGCUUAUGUCAACAUUUUGGAGAUCAUGUUGAACUUGGCGAAAUAUUUUCCAGAUUUCAAGCCUGCGGUGAGUCCAUGCUGUCCAGUAAACGAGUUUGGUCAAUGUGUUCCGUCGAAAUCUCCAUGUUUUCUGAGGAACUUACACAUUUUCUGGGAUGCAUUUCAUCCUACUGAAGCUGCAAACAUCAUCACUGCAAUCGGAUCGUACCCUGCUUUUGGAUUUCUAAAUGUGCAGCUUCAUGAGAUGGAUCUCUCCGGCCUACCAGCUCAGUUUCAUUCUGUUUCGAUCAAUUCUCGAACCAUGCUUGCACAACAUCGUUCAUACAUGGAUUGCAAGUGCAAGUUGUUAUUAUUAUACUUUGCAGUCAUUGUUCUUCUAGUUUUUCCAAACUUGAAGAUUAAUGGUGUUCAUGGAGAUCAACAAGUGCCUUGUUAUUUCAUCUUCGGAGACUCGUUGUCUGAUAGUGGCAAUAAUAACAACCUAAGCACUUCUGCCAAAGCUAAUUAUCUGCCUUAUGGUAUAGACUUUCCGGCCGGACCGACGGGGAGGUUUUGCAACGGUCGAACCACCGUCGAUGUAAUUACUAAAUUCUUGGGGUUUGAGGAGUUCAUACCUCCCUACGCAACUGCAAAUGGAUCUGAACUACUCCAAGGCGUGAAUUAUGCAUCUGGUUCCGCCGGCAUUCGAGAUGAAACUGGGAAACAGUUGGGUUACUGCAUCAGCAUAGAUGAGCAAUUACGGCAUCACAAACUUACAAUCUCACAGAUAGUCAACAUACUUGGGGAUCAAACCCAAGCAACCCAUCACCUAAACAAGUGCUUAUAUUCAGUUCAAGUAGGCAGUAAUGAUUACCUGAACAACUAUUUCCUGCCUGACUAUUACAACACAAGCAAACGAUACACACCGUCACAAUAUGCAGCAGUUCUUGCUAAACAAUAUUCACACCAGUUGAGGACAUUGUACAAUCAUGGAGCAAGAAAGUUUGCCCUGUUUGGAAUGGGACCUAUAGGUUGCACACCACAUGCUAUCGUGACUUAUGGCACCAAUGGCUCCUUAUGCGUCAACAAAUUGAACGACGCAGCGACGCUUUUCAAUGACCAACUCAAAUUACUUACAGAUCAACUCAACAUGGAACUGAAAGAUGCGAAAUUUGCUUAUGUCAACAUUUUGGAGAUCCUGUUGAGCUUAGCAAAAUAUUUUUCAGAUUUCAAGCCUGCGGCGAGUACAUGCUGUCAAGUAAACAAAUUUCGUUUGUGCAUUCCGUCCAAAUCACCAUGUUUUCUGAGGAACUUGCGCGUUUUCUGGGAUGCAGUUCAUCCUACUGAAGCUGCAAACAUCAUUACUGCAAUCGGAUCAUACCCUGCCUUCAAAUUUCUAAAUGUGCAUCUUCAUGAGGUGGAUCUCUCCAGUCUACUAGCUCAGUUGCAGCACAAUUAGUUAAGUUGUAUUCUGUUCUAUUAAUAAAGUUCAGAGUGCAGAUGAUAACUCUGUCUCUAGGAGCUUACUGAAACAGAGUGUUCUGCUUCUGUCCCUA